GCGCGCGCACGAGUGAGCCAACUAGUUGUUGGCUUAGCACCUUAGCAGCUACACUUAUAGCCCGCUUUUUCCGAAACAUUUUAACACACUCCCUUUUCUUGCCAAAGACUCGCAUGACGUCCACCGUGAAAAGGGAUCCCCGUCAAAGAGGCUUGUCCGUCCCCCUAAAAUGUCAAAGAAGACCACGGACUCUCGCCAAAUCAUAAAUUAGCGCUUCGUAAGUGGAGGAAAAAGUCCUGCUAUAUUUUACAGCUUUUCAUUUCAAGUGGGGGGGGACAUAGUUUGUUAGCAUCCUGGAAGGAAAGCUCUCAGAAUUUUGUGACGAGUGGAUGCGGAAGAAGGAUAUGAGGCGAGCUGGACGGCUAAAGCUAACUGGACGCAGCGCUGGGACUCAAAUAUGAAUGUUUUUUUCCACUUUUACCCGGUUGCCAAAGUGCUACAAUGUUGCUCACCUGAAUACCCUUCAAGGAUUACACUCAGCAUCAUUUGUGCGGAGAGGGAGCCCACAGCGGUGCCAAAAUGUGCAAAGACUCCUGACCUUAAGUGAAGCGUUCACACAGCCAAGCCUGAGAAGUGUUGUUCUCCAUGAGACAAUUUCACUUAAUUUGCCCCAAUGGAAGUGCCAUCGUAGAUUCAAGACACUGUGGCUUCAACUCCACAGUUUUCUGAGCGACCGGGUUGGAGCGGCUUUUUCAGCUGUGGGUUCCCCCUGAACGUGGCGAGAUGGGCUCCCAGGCGCUUCAGAUAUUACGACAGGGCGUGUGGGCCUCACUCACCGGAGGGUGGUAUGUGGACCCGCAUCAGAGCACCUUUUCCAACUGCUUCCAUCUCUACCUGUGGAUAUUUCUGCUGGCCUUCCCCUUUUUGCUUUACAUGGCUUUCCCCGCCAGUUUGGUGAUAGCAGGCUUGUACUCCGCUGCGGUGGCAAUCUUUUUCACCACCAUCAAAGUGGUGAACUACCGACUGCACGCUAUGUUCGACCUCGGGGAGAUUGUCGAGAAGAAGCGGGCUUCGCUCACGGCCGAAGGUCCUAGGACAGAAGAAGGGGAUGAAGGCUCAGGUGGUCAUGACGGGAGUCAACACAGGGAUAUUCAUGCCGGUGUGGAGAUGACCGUGUUUCGGAAGGUCAACUCGACGCCUCCGGUGAGAUGCAGUUCUCAGCACUCCCUGUUUGGACUCAACCAAGUGUCGGAGUUCCUGCCUCAACUCGAGGAUUCAGGGGGAACAAAGGAUAUCAAGGAGUUAAUGCGAGAACAGGGAAGCAAUAAUGUGAUCGUUACCUCUGCACAUCGCGAAAUGCUGCAGCAGAGUUCUCAGGACACCGUCAGCGCUCCGAGUGUGGUCCAGUCCUGCAUUGCUGUUGCACUGGGAGGUAAUUUCCCAGGUCUCAUGGGACUCCCCGGAGCUCCGUCUGGAUUUGGAGAACCAGGAGAAUAUCUGUCUGUACCCCCUUCGCCCUCCAGUCAAGAAGAUGGGGGCGAGAAAGAGCCAGAAGUACCGCAGAAGAUUCCAGAGGACAAUGCGUUAGCUUAUUCUCCCCUUGGACCGUCUGCUGAGUCUGAGAGUCUUGGAGAUACCCCCCUCAGUCCCCUUAUAAAGAGUAGCUUGAGUGAAGAACUAAGUGAAAAUUUGUUAGGGUUGUGCCUCGACCUAGUGGUGUUUGUUCCUGGGACCGAGUACCCUGGCUGUCGUAGCGGGGUGGCGUUAGCUGCUGGCUCCACAGACAGCUGUUUCAGUGGCGGUGCCGCUGCCACCGAUCGUGAGACACUGAGCACUGUCAGUAGUUACCGCAGUGAAAAGACGGACUCUACUCAACUUGAAAGUCCUUCAUUCAGCCAACCGAAGCUCGCGGAUGGACCGGGAUGUUCUACGGGAGUAGCGGCGGGCGACCGAGGCCAUGCAGACACUACGGUCCAGGCAGGACAGGAUGGCAGUGAUACGGAUAAUCUGUCGGACAGUGUGUUGCUGCGUUCCCCUUCCAAAGAUAUCUCCCCUAGUCAGGCUUUGGAUAGGACACUUGUUGAAGGAGAUGAUUUACCAUCUGUUCCGUCGGACAUGAUUGCACAACCCCCUACUUUUCCCAACUCUUCCCCGUCAAGUAGCGGCCAUUCAGACGUUUGCGAUUUAGCCGCCUCGGUCCCCCCCUUACCUCCGCCUCGGCAGGCCGCUUCAGUUCCCUCGAGACUGGCCCUGGGUUCAGUAUGCUCUGAGCCAUCCCUGCCCAUAUCCUCAACCCCAUUCCUGCUGUCUGAUCAAGCCACCCAGCAGGUUGUGCGGCCCAAGGACCUGAAGCUGCUGCGGGCCAGCGGCAAUAGCGUGGGCCACAAGCCGGGCCGGCGGAAAGCUCCUCGAAGGCGAGCCGGGGCCGGGAGUAGUAGUUUUGACUGUGGCUCUUACAGGCGUCACCACAAUCAUAGACAACACAGAGAUUACAUCCCGGUGCGCAACAAGCUCGGGGCCAAGGCCUACAGCGAAAGUCUCUUCGAGGACUCCAGCGACGAGGACGACGGCAGCGACAUGAGCGCCGCUUCCAGUCUAGGUUCUCAGCGCCGCUACAGUUCAGAUGAAGACUCCAGUUCCUCUACCUCCUGCUACUCUCCAGAACUCGCGAACGCCAACGCCGCAUUAAAGCUUCCCCCGGCCGCUCGGCCUCCUACUCCACGUGAAGGGGAAUUAGCAGAAUCCGUCGGCCCCUCGCAUUCCCACGCUGCUCAGCGCUCAUCGAGCACAGCCAGCGCUAAGACUCACGCCAGGGUGCUCAGUAUGGACGGGGCGGGUUCCAGUCACAGCAGCGCGGCCGCUCCGCCUUCUGCUUCGCACACGAUGCCCUCUACUUCCACCCCUGCGCCUCGACCUCUCACCAUUUCCAAGUCGGACUUGGAAGCUCGCACCCUCCAGGUCGAUUGCUUCCCUGUCUCUCACCCUCAUCGGCUUGAUUCUCUCGGAGGUUCUUGGACUGGCAAUCAGAUGGGCUGGCGAGCAGGAGAGUUGACCGAAGAGGGUGCAGUUGGGGGAGCUCUGGCACCAGAAGAUGGCGCCAAGCAUGACUCUGUCAGCAAUGUGAAGAGGACACAAGCCAUUCGUAGGAGACACAAUGCAGGAACCAACCCGACACCCCCGCCCUCCACUAUGGGAUCCCCUCCUAGCCUCCAGGACCUCCAAAGGGCUCGGACGUCCUCGCACUCGCGGACCCGCACCCUUCCCUCUGCCUUACAGUUCGCCUCGUCACUACUGCUCCCCCGCAGCGGCAUCCAUGAGGCCUCCACCUUCGAUGACACAUCAGAGGGGGCUGUGCACUAUUUUUUUGACGAGAGCGGAGUGAAGAGAUCCUACACGUUUGGACCUGCUGGAGGAGGUUAUGAGGAUCCAGUUCAAGAAAGGGAGAGGCAGUCCCAAUCCUCAAGCUUCACCUCCACAGAGGUCCAGGAAGGAGCACCGGUCUUGUCCAUGCUGCAACCAAGACCAGUGGUCCUACAGGGCAUGCAGGUGCGCAGGGUGCCAUUGGAAAUGCCCGAGUUUGACCUGGAUCACGAGUCUCUGCAGGAGUCCCAGGAGAACACGCUGAUGAUCGAGGAGAAGACAAAACCCAAACAGUACUAUCGCUUUUGGGUGCUGCCUGGGAAGUGGGUCAGAGUCCGCUAUGAUCGAUUAGCGCUUCUGGCCUUGUUGGACAGGAACCGACGUGUGGCAGAAAACGUUUUUGCUGUGGUGCUGGCCAGUCUGGUGGCCUUUCUGGGGUUCCAACUGUUGCUCCAGGGCUUUUUCAGGGACAUCUGGGUCUUCCAGUUUUGCCUGGUCAUUGCAAGUUGCCAAUACUCCUUACUUAAGAGUGUACAACCAGAUGCAGCCUCUCCCAUGCAUGGUCAUAACUGGAUCAUCGUGUACAGCCGGCCUGUUUACUUCUGCUUGUGCUGUGUGAUGAUCUGGAUCUUUGAUUUGUCUGGCCGCUCCGGCAGCCUGCAACCGUUUUCCCUCUACGGCGUCACCUUCUUUUCCGCACAAUUCCUGCUUUGCAUCAGAGAUAUGCUUCUAGUAUUGGCCUUGUGUUUCCCGGUCAUCUUCCUGUUUGGCUUGCUACCUCAGGUCAAUACUUUCAUCAUGUGUCUGUUGGAGCAGAUCGACAUGCACAUUUUCGGCGGAACAGCCACCACCAGUCCCCUCUCGUCUCUUUUUAGCCUCAUACGUAGCGUGCUGGUGGCCGCCCUGCUGUAUGGAUUUUGUCUCGGUGCCAUAAAUGCACCGUGGGGGGACGCCCAUGUGCCAGUACUAUUUUCUGUGUUUUGCGGCCUGCUGCUCGCCUUGUCCUACCACCUGAGUCGCCAAAGCAGCGAUCCAACUAUCCUGUGGGCGUUGGUUCGAUCCAAACUCUUCCCCGAGCUGGAAAAUCCCACACCUGAAGACCCCCCUGUGGAGAUCAAAGAUCCUCUCCCAGAAAAGCUGCGCAACUCUGUGAAAGAAAUUCUGCAUUCAGACCUCGUCAUGUGUCCCCUCAUGGCUGUGAUUACCUUCGCCAUCAGUGCCAGCACAGUUUUCAUUGCACUGCAGCCCGCGCUCAGCCUCGUCUUGUACAUCCUGGCAGGAGUUGUCGGCUGUAUUACUCACUAUCUCCUGCCUCAGCUUCGUAAACAGCUUCCUUGGUUUUGCCUGGCUCACCCUGUGCUCCGAUCAAAAGAGUACAGUCAGUUCGAAGUCCGAGAUGCUGCUCAGCUGAUGUGGUUCGAGAAGUUGUACGCGUGGCUUCAAUGUGUAGAGAAGUACUUCAUCUACCCGGCGGUCGUGCUCAACUCCCUCACAACGGAAGCACGUGCUGUUGGCCAAAACCAUAAAGAGCUGGACAUUUAUAGCCGAGCGCUCUUCAUCUCGGUGGCUGGCAUGAAACUGCUGCGUUCGUCCUUCUGCGCCCCGUCGCAGCAGUACGUCACACUGUGCUUCACCACGCUCUUCUUCCACUUUGACUACCCGCACUUCUCCGAGACUUUCCUGAUUGACUACUACUUCAUGUCCAUUCUUUUCAGCAAGAUGUGGGAUUUGCUGUAUAAAUUGCGCUUCGUGCUCACUUACAUCGCCCCUUGGCAGAUCACGUGGGGCUCAGCUUUCCACGCGUUCGCGCAGCCUUUUGCAGUGCCACACUCUGCCGUUCUCUUUGUGCAAGCUAUCUUUUCAGCCAUCUUUUCUACCCCUCUCAAUCCAGUCCUUGGCAGCGCUGUGUUUGUUACUUCAUACACCAGGCCUGUUAAAUUCUGGGAGCGAGACUACAACACAAAGCGAGUUGACCACUCCAAUACCAGACUCGCCACUCAGCUGGACCGUAACCCUGGUGCCGACGACAACAACUUGAACUCCAUAUUCUACGAGCACCUGACACGUUCACUGCAGCACAGCCUGUGUGGAGAUCUGUUGCUCGGCCGGUGGGGCAACUACAACACUGGUGACUGCUUCAUCCUGGCCUCCGACUACCUCAACGCGUUGGUGCACAUCAUCGAGAUCGGAAACGGUCUGGUCACCUUCCAGCUGAGAGGGUUGGAGUUCAGAGGCACCUACUGUCAACAGAGGGAGGUGGAAGCCAUCACAGAAGGCGUGGAGGAGGACGAGGGCUGCUGCUGUUGUGAACCGGGUCACUUGCCUCACAUGUUGUCGUUCAACGCCGCCUUCGGGCAGCGCUGGCUCGCCUGGGAGGUGGCAGCCACCAAGUAUGUGCUGGAGGGUUACAGCAUCAGUGAUAACAACGCCGCCUCAAUGCUGCAAGUCUUUGACUUGCGCAAGAUUCUCAUCACGUAUUAUGUCAAGAGCAUCAUUUACUACGUGAGCCGAUCACCCAAGCUGGAGGAGUGGUUGGCAAACGAGGCCAUCCACGAGGCACUGCGACCUUGUCUGGCACCCAACUACGUAGACAGCGAUCCCACCUUCAACCUGAACAUCGACGAGGACUAUGAUCACAGAGCCUCAGGCAUCACGCCCGCCUCCUUCUGCAUGAUUUAUGUGGACUGGAUUCAGUAUUGUAACAGCAGGCGUCAAACGCCUGUGACAAGUGAUAGAGAUUCUCCUCUAGUCAGUCUGUGUUUUGGUUUGUGUAUCCUGGGAAGAAGAGCGCUUGGCACUGCCUCGCACAGCAUGUCUGCAAGCUUGGAGCCGUUCCUCUACGGGCUCCACGCGCUCUUCAAGGGAGACUUUCGCAUCACGUCUCCACGAGACGAGUGGGUCUUUGCAGAUAUGGACCUUUUGAAUCGAGUGGUGGCACCUGGAGUGCGGAUGUCCCUCAAAUUGCAUCAGGACCACUUCACGUCACCGGAUGAGUACGAGGACCCCGCAGUGUUGUAUGACGCCAUCACGGCCAACGAGGAGAAGAUGUUGAUAUCCCACGAAGGCGACCCAGUUUGGCGGAGCGCCAUCCUCGCUAACAUGCCCUCGCUGCUGGCGCUGCGUCACAUCAUGGAUGACGGAAGCGACGAAUACAAGAUCAUCAUGUUGAAUAAGAGGUUCCUCAGCUUCCGAGUCAUCAAGGUGAACAGAGAGUGCGUGCGAGGACUGUGGGCCGGUCAACAGCAGGAGCUGGUCUUUCUGCGCAACCGCAACCCCGAACGCGGCAGCAUUCAGAAUGCCAAGCAGGCCCUGAGGAAUAUGAUCAACUCGUCGUGCGACCAACCCAUCGGUUACCCCAUUUACGUGUCUCCCCUAACUACGUCUUACGCCGGCGCACAUAGUCAGCUGCGCUCAGUGUGGGGCGGGCCUGUUAGCCCGCACAAUAUCUACAACUGGCUCAUCAAUAGCUGGGACAGGAUGCAGAAAGGGUGCGGUGCCGGUUGCAAUAGCGGAGGAAACAUCGAGGACUCGGACUGCGGUGGCGGCGGCUCCGCGUCCAUCACGACCAAUGUCGCCAUUCACACCACCCAAAGCACACCAGCUUCCAGCCUUCCUCAGCCACAUAUCACCACCAUACAACCCUCAUUGGGUACCGACAACCCAGUUGGUCCGAGCCAGAAUUGGCCUCACCACCCCCAACCCCUUCCUCUGGCUCUGCUCAGCCAGUCAGAAGGCAGGAUGGAAGCGGGACUGCUUUCAUCCCUUCAGCGUACGUCCUCCAUUCAGGGCUUGUUGGGCCAGCAGCUGUCCAACUCCCAACUCUCCUUCAGCGGCUCGGUGGCGCCGCCCCCUCUGCCCGCGCCCGAACGCUUCUGCCCCUCAGGCUUCCUGGACAACUCGGGCCACAGGGCGGGCCAGCGGGCUGGCCUCGCCCAAGGCAACGUUCUUCACUUCGAGAGCCAUUUCGGGAAGUGGACUUUUUCAGGCAGAAAGGGCUUUAACAGUCCGGCGGCAAUAGCAACGGAGGGCGACGGAGGAAGCGUCCACGCCAUUCGCACCCAGCCGCCACUCCCUGCACCCCCAGCACAGGACGUCAGUCCCUCCCAAGACCCGCUGGGAGCGACACGGACGGUAGAUUCCUCCACCCCCGCACCCCCUGAUGAAUCCACAGAGUUGCCUUUACUUGAGCACCUGCGCUGACGAAUGACCCCCUACCCCACUUUCCCAUGGGUAACAGCACACUGGACCCGCCCACCACCCCUUCCCUCAAGUGUUCAGGACUCAUUCCACCAAUUUUGGUCCAAUACACAUCCAGGAGACAGGGAUUUUUUGACGAAGAAACCUACACUCCCUCCUUUGCAGUCUGCUAGCACGUCACACGUCGACUCAUGACGUGACAUCCGCCGUCACCCUCGUGACGCUCUUAUAUCAGGUCAGAGGCGCCGUGUGUCUGUGUGUGUAUGCGAUGGUAUGUGUGCAAAAAGGCCAGGAAGGCCAGUGCAAUUAUUAGGGAUCUUUGUUUUCCUUCGCUCGGCGAUUAUUUUUCAUGAACUGGAACGCGGAAGAUCAGCUUUGACUGCGAGGAUACCACAAGAAGCCUUGUUUAGCUUUUCUCUCGACUCAGAAGUCAGAAGAUUUUUUUUUUCAAAACUAUGGUGGGGGGGGAAAAUGACUUCACCCCCCUUAGCCGGCGCGUGGUGCUCGGACCGCUUGUUUACAGAGUCCAAUCUGAGAAAUUGUGUUGAUCACAAACUUGCCAGCAAAGCUUUUUUUCUCUCUUCAGAGAAAUAUUCUUUUUUUUCUUCUUUACUUGAAGAUUUUGGGGAAGCUCUCGGUCGUUGGCAGACACCCGCCCGCAUCCAACGCACUCCUACGCGACUACUGCUCCUGCGCCUCCCACUACUACUAACUAGUAAACCAAGUCACUACUACUACUGCUGGAAUCCAGCGUUUUAGUUGGAAGCUGAAAACAAAAGGAUGAAUAUUUAUUGGAUGAAUACGGUCUUACAUGGGAUUCGAUUGUAUCGUGCUGAUGUGGAAUUGGCAAUUUGCUUUCGUGUUUUGUCCUCUCCAAACAAGUAUCACAAUUGCGUCAUCUCAAAAGAAGUGUAUGUAACUGGAAGUAUGUCACCGGGAGUGGGCUUUCUUCCCCUUUUGCACUCUUUCGUCGCUUUGGUUCGACCGCAGUGACAGUCUCAUGCAGUAGAAUACAAAUAUAGUAGAUUACAAAUUAAAGGGAACCACGGAUAGAAAGACAUGUAGUUCUUAAAAGAUAAAUGUUAGUACGAGUUUAUACUAGUAGGUCGCCAUUGUUGUUGACUUCACAUGGCCACGCUGCCGGGCUUCCACCACGUAACUCUUUAGUUAUGUAAGGUAGUGAUUUAAAUACGCCACAAGGUGUCAAUGGCGAGAUUUAAAUUACAGAUCAAGCCAAUGAGUCAGUUUUGUCCCUUGACUGAUGCCGUAGUUUUCCUUUGAUUCCACAGUGAAAGGGGAGUGGACACAGGCGUUCAGAUUUGUAGCUUGGACCGCGCCAUUUAUUGCCAUAAGGUUCAGCAAUUCUACCAUCACAACAUUCAAUUGAACAUAAGUAUCAUAUUGUGAAAAUACAACAAAAAUAAAAUUCAUUUAUAUUAUACCCCUGUGCGGGGAAUUGCAGGCACCAUUAUGCCUUAUGUUCAAUUGUAUGUUGAGAAGGUAAUACACCUGAUAAUAGCUCCCAGCAUCAUAGUUUGUAUAUUGUGACUAAAUAUUGUGUAUUUGUUGAGCUGAACAAGUUGCUAAAAUGUUUAGAGUUUGACCAAAGUCUGAGUAAGUUUUAUGUGUAUUUUGUAUAUCUAUUUUGAUUGUGAAUGCCAGUUCUCUUUGCAUUGUUGUUUAACUGUGAGAAUAGUGCCUCAUUAUUACAGAUUGAAGCACUUUUCUUGGUGUGAUUAUUUUUUGAGAUAUGAAUAUUUGUUGUAUUUUCACUGUAUGAUACUUACAGUGGAGAGAACAAGUAUUUGAUACACUGCCAAUGUCAGUAUGUUUAACUGUAUGUUUAUUAAGGAGGAGUUGCCGAAGCUUAUGCCAAUAAACGGCACAAUCCGAGCUAUGGCUCUGAACAAAAGAUCAAGGCAAUGAGUGUGAUUUGUCCCUUGACUGACGCCGUAGUUUUCCUUUGAUUCCACAGUGGGGUUUAAGGCGGAGAGAAAGGGGUUCAGAUUCGUAGCUCAGACCGUGCCGUUUAUUGGCAAAAGCUUCGGCAACUCCACCUUCACAACAUACGGUUGAACAUAAGUAUCAAAUAGUGAAAAUACAACAAAAAUAAGAUUCAUCUAAAAAAUGUUCACAAAAAGAAAAGUGCUUCAAUCUAUUAAUGAGGCCCUAUUCUCACACAGUUAAACAACAAUGCAAAGACAACUGUCAUUCACAUUCAAAAUAGAUAUGCAAAAUACACAUAGAACUUACUCAGACUUUGGUCAAACUCCACUUAAACAUUUUAGCAACUCGUUUAGCUCAACAAAUACACUGGAUGGCAAUAUUUAGUCACAAAAUACAAACUAUGAUGCUGAGAGCCAUUAUCAGGUGUUUUACCUUCACAACAUACAAUUGAAUAUAAGGCACAAUGGCGCCCGCAGUGCCCCGCACUGGGGAAUAAGAUUAAUUUUAUUUUUCUUGUAUUUUCACUAAAUGAUACUUAUUUUCAAUUGUAUGCUGUGAAGGAGGAGUUACCGAAGCUUAUGCCAAUAAACGGCGCGGUCCGAGCUACGAAUCUGAAUGACUUUCUCUCUGCCUUACACCCCACUGUGGAAUAAAAGGAAAUCUACGGCCUCAGUCAAGGAACAAAACGGACUCAUUGGCUUGAGUUCUUGUUCAGAUUCGUCGCUUGGACAGCGCCACUUAUUGGCAUAAGCUUCGGCAACUCCUCCUUUGCAACAUACAAUCGAACAUAAGUAUCAUAUAGUGAAAAUACAACAAAAAUAAUAUCUCUCAAAAAAUAAUGUUCUCAAAAAGAAAAGUGCUUCAAUCUGUAUUAAUGAGGCCCUAUUCUCACACAAUUAAACAUUCAAAGAGUUCAUAAAUUCACAAUCAAAAUAGAUAUACAAAAUACACAUAAAACUUACUCAGACUUUGGUCAAACUCUAAGCAUUUUAGCACCUCGUUUAGCUCAACAAAUGCACUGGAUGGUAAUAUUUAGUCAGAAUCUACAAACUAUUAGGCUGAGAGACAUUAUAAGCUGUUUUACCUUCACAACAUACAAUUGAACAUAAGGCACAAUGGGCCUGCACUGGGGAUAAAAUGAAUCUUAUUUUUGUUGUAUUUUCACUAUAUGAUACUUAUGUUCAAUUGUAUGUUGUGAAGGAGGAAUUGCCAAAGCUUAUGCCAAUAAACUGUGCGGUCCAAGCUUGAACGCAUGUGUCCACUCGCCUUGCCUUCUGCCUUAAAACUACGGCAUCAGUCAAGGGACAAAACGCACUCAUUGGCUUGAUCUCCAAUUAAUUUAAAACUUGCCAUUGACACCUUGUGGUUUUGUAAAUCAAACCUUACAUAGUUAAAGGGUGACACUGUGGAAGUCCAGCAGCAUGGCCAUGUGAUGUCACCGCGACCUACAAGUUAAUUUUUUGGUUUAAAAUUUUACAAAUUUUCUGAAACGAAAACAUUAAGAAGGGAUUUAAAAGACACUAUUGUAACUCGUACUAACAUUUAUCUUUCAAGAACUACAUGUCUUUCUAUCCGUGGUUCCCCUUUAAAGAAUACGAAAAGGGAGCGGUUCGAAUUCAGGCUCUUCCAAAAAUGUUGUAUUGAAGACACAAAAUUAUCCUUGUGUGAAUGUAAGUAAGAACGGUUGAUUGGCUAAAUUUCACAUGGAAAGUUUCUGGAACGUUGAGGGCUCCUGCUAAAAUUCCAAAGAGCUGGAAUUUUGCAGGCUCUCGGUUGUUGCAAAAAUGCCAAAAGUCUGUAACGCGAAGGCCCAAAUUCUGCUGCUAAAAUCCCAAAUAGCUGGAUUAUCGUUGGGUCUUUUUUUUUUCCUCAUAUCUUUAGGAACUUUUUUUCCCCCUUCUUUUUUGGGAGAGAAGCAGCAGCUGCCAGUAACCCCUUUUACUUUGCUGCGUGAAAGCAAAGCACAAGAACUGGGUGUCAUUUGAAAUGAAAUAAAAAGGGAUUCCUUAAUCUCUGCAACUAUGUACAGCAUGUUUCAUAUAUAAAUAUAUAUUUAAAAAAAUAUAAACCUAUUUUAUUAUGAUUGGAAAUUAUGGGUGUUUUUUGGGGGGGUUGUUUUUUAAGACACUAAGUCUGUUGAAAAUGAGCGAGGGAGAAAGCUUCACAUUUGAAAUGUGCAAUUUGGGAAGAUUUGGUUCUGUUUUUCCUUGGUUUUUUUUUUUUUUUUUUUUUGACAUCCCAUCCCACCAUCUGAUUUUUUUCAUUUUUCUGAAAGGGGAGCAUUUUAUUUAAGUCAUGUUCUGUACAGUUUUUUAAAAGUGUUUUCUUUUCUUCUAUUUAAAUUAAAGGUUUUUGUCUUUGUUUGCAA